ACCUCGGGCCCGUGGAAACCACCCCCCCCACCACCAGGGCCCAUUUCCCGCCUCUGCCUCCACCCCGUGGUCUCACAAGCUGACCAACAUUUACUUCCUGUUCGUCAAGAGGAAAGGGGGUUCCCCUUUCAUGGAAUGCGGCAACAUGGGCGUGUUUGACCGCGGAGUUCAGAUGCUGCUGACCACGGUCGGUGCGUUCGCCGCCUUCAGCCUCAUGACCAUCGCCGUGGGGACGGAUUACUGGUUGUACUCACGAGGGACGUGCAAAUCCAAGAGCAACAACGAGAACGAGACCGUGAAGAAGAACGAGGAGGUGAUGACACACUCUGGCCUGUGGCGGACCUGCUGUCUGGAAGGCUCCUACAAAGGGAUGUGUAAACAGAUAGACCACUUCCCAGAAGACACAGACUUCCAAGCGGAUGGCGCUGAGUUCUUUUUACGUGCGGUGCGAGCCUCCAGUAUCUUCCCCAUCAUGAGUGUGAUCCUGCUCUUCAUGGGAGGGCUGUGUAUAGCUGCCAGCGAGUUCUACAAGUCACGCCACAACAUCAUCCUCAGUGCAGGCAUCCUCUUCGUCUCCGCAGGACUGAGUAACAUCAUCGGCAUCAUCGUCUACAUAUCAGCCAACGCGGGCGACCCGUCCAAGUCGGACUCCAAGAAGAACAGUUAUUCCUAUGGCUGGUCGUUCUACUUCGGCGCCCUCUCCUUCAUCAUGGCCGAGAUGGUGGGCGUGCUCGCCGUGCACAUGUUCAUCGACCGCCACCGGCAGCUCCGCGUGGGGGCCGCCAUCAGCGCCGCCGACUACCUCCAGGGCGCCGCCAUCACGCGCAUCCCCUCCUACCGCUACCGUUACAGGGGACGCUCGCGCUCCAGCUCCCGUUCCACCGGGGACGCAUCCCGGGACACGUCACCGGUGGGGCUGAAGGCAUUCGGGGCGCUGCCGUCGACGGAGCUGUCCAUGUACACGUUGCCGCGGGAUACACUGAAGAACCAGACAGGCACGCCGACAGCCGCCUAUAACUCAACCACGUUGGAACGAGACCACAGCUUCCUCCAGGUCCACAACAGUAUUCAGAAAGACCUGACGGACACGGGCAACGCAGCUAACCGCCGCACCACACCUGUAUGAGAGACAGAGAG